AUGGCCUCCAACACCCUGUUGAGCUGUCUAAUCGAUGUAAGCUUUGACAUGGAUGAAGCUCUCACUUUGCAACCUAAUUUUGGGCAUCAAAUCGCAGAAUCAGACUCUUUGGUUGCUGAUUUGCCAACGGUUUCUGCAGAUGACGACGUUUGUUCGGUUUGCAUGGAGCGCUUUCAAUCGGGUAUAGGUGGAAAACAAGUCCAGUGUGGCCACGUUUACCAUGCAGCUUGUAUCUCCUCCUGGCUCUCCCACUGCAACUCUUGCCCUCUCUGCCGCUUCAACAUCUCCUGUAGCAAAUGA